CCGGGCCUCCCCGCCGCCGCCGCCCCCCAGUCCGGGAUGGAGAACUUUCGGAAGGUGAAGACCUCCGAGGAGGAGAGCCCGCUGCCCUUCCCGGGGCUGCCCGCCGACGUGGUGGAGAUGAAGGUGAAGGAAGGCAGCAAGAUCCGGAACCUCAUGGGCUUCGCCAUGGGCCGCAUGGGCCAGGAGGCCACCCGCCGGAUCGUCUUCAGCGGCUGCGGCCGGGCCGUCACCAAGACCGUCACCUGCGUGGAGAUCAUGAAGCGGAAGCUGGGCGGCCUCCACCAGGUCACCAAGGUGCGCUACAAGACAGUCCGCGAGGUCUGGGAGAGCCGGGAUCGCCCCCAGCCGCCCCAGGGCCGGCCCCAGCCCCUCACCGUCCACAAGAACGUGCCCUCCAUCUGCAUUCUCCUCUCCAAGGACCCGCUGGACCCCCAACAGAUGGGCUACCAGCCCCCCGAUCUCCCGGGAGGGCUGUGGGCCGAGGAAGAGGGGGACUCGCCCGAGGAGAGGUCCGGCUCUACCCCCAAGGGGGUCAAGAGGUUGGCGUCGCCUUCCCGCCCAGGAGGAGACGAGCAGAAUGCCAAGAAGCCGCCUUUGCAGGUACAGGAGCUCCAGGAGGAAGACUUGGGGACCGUGGCGGGUUGCUGA